AUGUCGGUCACCGUGCUGGAGUCGCAUAACGUCCCGGGUGGAGCCGCGCACGCGUGGGCGCGCGAUGGGUACACGUUCGAGUCCGGACCGUCGCUGUACAGCGGAUUAGGCGAUUGGCCGACGACGAACCCGUGCGGACAAAUCUUACACGCCGUGGAUGAAAAGGUGGAGUGCGUGCGGUACAACACGUGGAUGUGUCACUUGCCGGAGGGGACUUUCGUGACGGAGGUUGGGAACGAUCAGUUUUUGGAAUGUUUGAGGACGUACGUGGAGGACGGCGACGCGGCUGCGGAGGAGUGGAUUCGCUUGAAAGAACUGAUGCGGCCGAUGGCGACGGCGAGCGCGUCGUUGCCGCCAGCGGCGGUGCGCAGCGAUGUUUGGGGGGCGUUCACGCUCGCUAGGUUCGUUCCGGGAUUGAUCAAGUCGGCCAAUUACAUUCCGAAAAUCAUGGCGCCGUACUCGAACUUUAUGGACGAGAACGAAAUCAAGCACCCGUUCAUCAGAAACUACAUGGAGAUGCUGUGCUUUCUUCUAAGCGGUGCGCCGGCCUCGGGGACGAUGUCAGCAGAAAUUGGUUACAUGUUCGACGAUUGGUACCGACCGAACUCGAUGUUGGAGUUCCCGAAGGGGGGUUCGGGCGCCAUCGUCGAGGCGCUCGUGCGAGGCGUACAGAAAAAUGGCGGCGUGGUCAAGUGCGGGACACACGUUGAGGAGAUCUUGGUUGAGGGCGAAGAAGACAAAAAGCGUGCGGUCGGUGUGCGUACGCGCGGCGGGAAGACGUACCGCGCGAAGAAGGCAGUGAUCUCAAACGCGACGACGUGGGACACCGUUCCGAUGCUUCCACCGGGCGCGAUGCCAAGCGAGUGGAUCGAUGAAGUGUCGUCGACGGAAAUGUGCGAAUCUUUCAUGCACUUACAUCUUGGGAUCGAUGCGGUCGAUUUGCCGGACGAUUUGGAGAUCCACCACAUCUACGUCGAGGACUGGUCGCGCGGCGUCACGGCGGAGCAAAACAUGGUGCUCAUUUCAAUCCCUUCCGUCCUCGACCCGAGCAUGGCGCCGGAGGGCAAGCAUGUCAUCCACGCCUACACCCCGGGCAAUGAGCCGCUUGAUAUUUGGGAUGGACUUGAUCGCAACUCGGACGAGUACAAGGCGCUCAAGGAAGAACGAUCGCAGGUUCUUUGGAGAGCCAUCGAGAAGGUGAUUCCAGACGUGCGAAAGCGCGCCGAGAUCACGAUGGUCGGUACGCCGGUGACUCAAAAGCGAUUUUUGCGACGCGCGCGCGGUACGUACGGGGGUACAGGGUGGAUUUCAGCCGAUCAGGACACAAUUCCGAUCACGAGCGCGUCCACACCGCUACCCGGCUUGCUCGUCGUUGGGGAUUCAAAUUUUCCCGGACCAGGCGUUCCCGCCGUCGCCGCCGGCGGAUGGUCCGCGGCGAACGAGCUCAUCUCCCCGAUGCAGACCGCCGCUCUUCUCGACAAGGUGUGUCCGCCGGGGACGGCAAAGUAG